AUCGGCACGAGAGCAACAGUGAUGACUGCGCUGGCAUUGGCGGAAGUGGGAACGCGGUUGGCGCUGGUUGACACGCCAGCGCUGGUUGUCGUGCAACCAAAGCUGGAUGCCAACCUGCAGCGAAUGCGUACUGCGCUGCAGCAGUUCCCACACAUCACACUGCGCCCCCAUUUGAAGGCGCACAAGAGCAGCUACUUUGCCAACGCACAAGCAGCAGCCGGUGUCUCCGCAUGGUGCUGUCAGAAGUUGCAGGAGGCAGAGGGCAUCCUUCCCAAAGUCCCAGGCAUGCGGGACUUGCUCAUCACCAACGAAAUCGUGGGCAAGCGCAAAGUCGAGCGCCUGAUGUCCCUGGUGAAGGAGCACCAUGCACGGACAAAGAUCACCGUGUUGGUGGACGACGUGGAUAACUGCCGCGCCCUCAAUGCAGCCAUGGCCAACGCCAGCCUGGACGACGCAAAGCUGCACGUGCUCGCAGAGGUUGAUGUGGGGCAGGAGCGCUGUGGUGUUGCGCCUGGCAGCGAAGACUUGGUUGCACUUGCCCGUGUCGUCACAGAGGAAUGCCCUCAUCUCCACUGGUCCGGCAUCCAGUGCUAUCAGGGCAAGCUGCAGCACGUGCGCAACUACGAAGAGAAGCGACAGCUUGUGAAUGGUGUGGCCGCCAAGGCCGACGCCAGUCGAACUGUUCUUGAGGAGAACGGGUUCCCCUGCCCCAUCAUCAGCGGGGGUGGUACGGGCACGUUUGUGUUGGAGGCUCAGGCGGGCGUGCACAACGAAUGCCAGCCGGGCUCAUAUGUGUUCAUGGAUGUCGACUACUCUAAGAACCUCGACCAGAGCGGACAGCUGACAACGGAUUUCGAGCACAGCCUGUUUGUGCACACGACCAUCAUGUCCAAACCAACAGCAACGCGUCUGGUGGUUGAUGCGGGAAUGAAGGCCGUCUCGCUUGACUCGGGACCGCCAAUUGUUGUUGCGCUGCACGAUGACGGCUCGUUCACGUCAUGCGCCGAAGAGGUCGCCUGGGACGCUCGAGGGAGGGGAAAGAGCGUGGUUGGGGACACACUGCAGCUGAUUCCUGGGCACUGUGACCCGACUGUGAACCUCUACGACCAAUAUGUUGUCAUCGCCGAUGGCGUCGUGACGGCGCUCCCGCCCAUCGAAGGCCGGGGACCAGGCGUGUGAUCAUGAUCAUGAUGAUGAUGGUGGUGGAACGUUGCUCCUUUUAUUGCCGUCCUUUGUUUGUAUGCGUGUGGCUUUGUGGGUGCGCUGCGCUGUUUGGUGUUCUCUCCCUUCAAGUGUCACAUUGAAGAAUAGCACGUGUCAGACGUGCCACCACAAUGUUGUAAAACGAUUCACUCCAGG